AUGUCGCGGCCCCAGCUUUCUAUCGAUUCCUUGCCAGCAUGGGCACAUCUCAACGAAGUCUCGUUUUUCGACGUUCAUGUUGCCAGCACCGACGGCAGUGGCUUGGGCCUGGUUGCCCUGCGCGAGCUGGCCACGACUGAACAGACAUUUGACAUACCGGCACUACUGAGGAUCCCGCACUAUGUCGUCCUAAAUGCCGCGGCUGUAGAGGAGUACGCCAAACAGGACAGGGACUUUAGACUCCUCAUCGACGCCGCUGGUCAUCAAGUAAAUAUCAACCCUCUCAGUUUCAUCAAAGCUGAUCUGAUCAUCUCGGCUGACCUGCUAUAUAAGUCAUCGAGGGGUGAUAUCCUCAUCUUCCUCCUAGUCCACCUGAUACUGGGUACACAGCCCGACGCUACAGCAGCCGGACUGCCUGGGCCAUGGACUGAGUAUAUCAAGUUCCUGCCUGACCAGGUUCCUCUACCAACCGUAUGGACCGAGGACGAGCGCCUUCUCCUCCAGGGCACAUCGCUCGAGCACGCUGUUCAAGCCAAGCUUUUGAUAUUGGAGCAGGAGUUUGACAGGUUGAGGGAGACGUCAUCAGACAUACCGUGCUGGCAGGCAAGGCUGUGGGAUACCCGAGCUGCUCAGCUGAAAGACUGGCGGCUCGUUGACGCUUGGUACCGGUCACGAUGUUUGGAACUACCGCUGUCUGGCGAAGCCAUGGUCCCCUGCCUCGACAUGGCGAACCAUUCCUCGACGCCGAACGCAUACUACGAAGAGAAGUCUCAAGGAGAAGUGACACUGCUCCUCCGACCUAGCCAGAGCGUCCGCUCCGGCGACGAGAUCACGAUCAGCUACGGCGAGCAAAAGUCGGCGGCAGAGAUGCUUUUUAGCUACGGGUUCAUCGACCGGGACUCGGUGUCCCGUAGCCUUGUCCUUCCCCUCGACCCGUUCGACGACGAUCCCCUAGCGAAGGCCAAGACCCACCUGUUCGGGGAGAAGCCAACGGUGCGCGUCGCCAUCGUCGGCGGGGAUCUCCGCUGGGAGAGCCCUUUCGCUUAUCUCAUGUGCGUCAACGAGGAGGAUGGCUUGGCGUUCCGGGUGCUGCAGGACACGGACGGGAACAGACAGCUCAAGCUGUUCUGGCAGCACGAGGACGUGACUAAUUCGGCGCGGUCAUUCGAUAAGCUCACCAAGGCUCACCGUCUCUCCGCGCUGUUCGAGCUACGGGUCGUCACCGUUGUGGAGGAGCUGCUGGGGUCACAGCUGGCGCGUCUACAAGUGCAAGGGGCGGCUCCCUUGUCUUCCGUUGACCCAGAUGCGAGUCAAGGGGCGACGGGAUCCAUACGAGAGGAGUGCCACAGGCAGGCGGCGCUACUGCGCGAGCUUGAGGCUGGGAUCCUGUCCCGGGCGCUCGAGGAGCUGGAGGAGCAGGUGAGUGACAAUGCUUGUCUUCCUGUCGCAUCCGCAUUGAUUGGACCAACACCCCAAGGGGCAAAUGGGUCUUUGUUUUUUCUCUCUCCCCCCCACAUCAUCUUCCCCGGUUUGCCCCGUAGGCUCAUAUCUACGAACAUGGAGUGUGCGUGUGUGGACGUGUGUGGAUGUGGUGGACUUGCGAGACGCAGGAGGAAGCAGCAAGUGCAGAUGACGUUUGCUGACUCGACAUCGCUGACCUAUGAUUUGCGGCUAUCGCAGAAGUCUCAGCUCCUUGCCGACGACAACGUGGUGGCAUAUCUCGGAUCGAUGGAAGCUACCGAAAGCGGACUAGCCCCCGAGGGGGCGUCCAAUGAGGAUGAUGACUUUAGCUGA